AUGAAGUAUUGUGACACCGAGUAUUGUGACUCUGAGUAUUGUGACUCUGAGUAUUGUGACUCUGAGUUUUGUGACACUGAGUUUUGUGACACCGAGUAUUGUGACACUGAGUAUUGUGACACUGAGUAUUGUGACACUGAGUAUUGUGACUCUGAGUUUUGUGACACUGAGUUUUGUGACACAGAGUAUUGUGACACUGAGUAUUGUGACACUGAGUAUUGUGACUCUGAGUAUUGUGACUAUGAGUAUUGUGACACCGAGUAUUGUGACUCUGAGUAUUGUGACACCGAGUAUUGUGACACCGAGUAUUGUGACACCGAGUAUUGUGACUCUGAGUAUUGUGACACUGAGUAUUGUGACACCGAGUAUUGUGACUCUGAGUUUUGUGACACAGAGUAUUGUGACACUGAGUAUUGUGACACAGAGUAUUGUGACACUGAGUAUUGUGACACUGAGUAUUGUGACUAUGAGUAUUGUGACACAGAGUAUUGUGACACUGAGUAUUGUGACACUGAGUAUUGUGACUCUGAGUUUUGUGACACCGAGUAUGAAGUAUUGUGA